AUGGAUAUUGAUGUGUACUUGCAACCACUAAUCCAUGAGCUAAAAUUGUUGUGGGAAGGUGUAGAUGCCUUUGAUGCUCAUAGCGGAAAAAGUUUCAAAAUGCGAGCAGCUUUGCACUCCACUAUAAAUGACUUUCCAGCAUAUGCUAUGUUGUCGGGUUGGAGUACAAAAGGUUAUAAAGCUUGCCCUUCUUGUGCCGAUUCUGGUUGUGCGUAUAGUUUUGGUGGUAAAAUUGUCUACCCUGUAGCUCGAAAAUGGUUACCAGCUGAUCAUCCUUAUCGUUCUCAAGCCAACUUAUUUGAUGGGAAAGAGGAACAUGGUUUUGCUCCGGUUCCUUUAAGCGGGACAGAAAUUCUGAAGCAACAAGAAAGAGUUAAAGAUGAUGAUGGUCAAGAUGAUGUUGAUAAGGUUCUAUGGAAAAAGAAAAGUAAACUUUUUGAAUUAGAAUAUUGGGAAUAUAAUCCUCUUAGACAUAAUUUAGAUGUUAUGCACAUUGAGAAGAAUGUAUGCGACAAUUUCUUAGGAACUCUUUUAGAUAUGGAGAAGAGUAGAGAUGAUAAGAAUGCUAGAUUGGCCCUUCAAGCACGGAACAUAAAAUCUCAUCUUUGGCCUCAAUCUCAUCCAAAUCGUGUUAAGGACUAUUUGCCCUCGGCUGCGUACACCAUGUCUAAAGAAGAGAAAGAACGGUUUUUAAAUGUCCUAGAAAAUCUUAAAGUUCCUGAUGGAUAUGGAUCUAAUUUGCAAAAGUGUGAUAUCCUUCCUGUUGCUUUAAGGACAUCGAAUGCCACAAAAGUUAUUGAUUUGCUUGAUAAAUUGUCAGACUUUUUCAAGAAGAUAUGCUCAACUUCUAUUGAUAGAAAUGAAUUAGACACCAUUCAGUCAAAGCUUGUGUUGACUCUUUGUAAGAUGGAGAAAGAGUUUCUGCCAACAUUUUUCACAAUCAUGGUGCAUCUACUAAUUCAUUUAGUGGAUGAGGUCAAACUCGGCGGACCUGUUCACUAUAGGUGGAUGUAUCCCAUUGAGAGGUACUUGGCCUUUUUGAAAUCUCAUGUAAGCAAUAAAGCGCAACCAGAAGGAUCUAUAGCAGAAGGGUACCUUUUAUGGGAGACGAUUGCAUUUUGUUCGAGAUACUUAGAAAGUGUUGAGACCAUAUUCAACAGACCCAAGAGGAACGAAGAUGGUGUUCUAGACAUCAAUAACUAUUUAUACCACUCAGGUGGUCGUGUAGUUGGGAUGAAAGAAAAUGUCCGUUUGGAUGACAAAAGUUUAAAGCAAGCACAUCGCUAUGUUUUGCUUCAUUCAGAUGAGAUGAAACCGGCAAAUAACCUAAAUGAUAGCACAAAAGAAGGGAAAUUGAGAAAAGCCUUGGCAGGUGGUUUAAGCAAUCGCAGCAAAAGGAUGAAAAGCGUUAUUAUUAAUGGCUAUAAAUUUGACACCGUGGAUCGUGAGAGAUCUCGAAAGACACAAAAUUCUGGCAUUAUGGUAGAAGCUGAAGGCCAAGAGUAUUAUGGAAAGCUUAAAGAAAUAUUAGAACUUGAUUAUUAUGGUUCUUUCAAAGUUCUAAUGUUCCGUUGUGAUUGGGCUGCUAUACGUAGGGGUUUCAAAACAUACCCGAGCGGCAGAGUUCGUGUCAAUUUCUCGAAGUUGAUGCACACUGGUCAAAAUCUGGAAGAUGAUCCAUUCAUUUUCUCUUCUCAAGCAAAACAAGUUUUUUACAUUGAGGAUGAGAUACAAAAAGGAUGGUUUCAUGUUAUUAAGACUAAGCCUAGGGACUUGUUUGAUAUACCCGACGAUGAUGAUAAUGAUGAUGAGUAG